GCCUCUUGCACAGCAGCCUUCUCUACCAGAUCCUCCAAACUGGUGUAAUUAACCAUACUGCACCUGCCACGGAGAUCGACUCGCAUACCAUCUAAGAACCUCCUGAUCAAGUCCUCUGCAUCAAAAUGAUUACCAGCAAACAAGCGGAGCUGGCAAAACUCUCGCUCGUACUCCCUGACACUCCUAGUACCCUGCCUCAGAUGCUCAAAAGCAUUCCUCUUCUGGUGCAACGCUUCUCUGGGAAAGUAUUUCUUGUCGAAUGCAAUGAGGAAAUCCUCAUAAGUCAUGUCGCCAUCACGCAUCGAUCGCACUCCAUCCCACCAUACUAAUGCAUCUCCACGCAGAUACAACUCUGCGAUAUUAAGACAAAGGCGCAACGGACAAUUGAUGGUCUGCAGACACGAAGCCAGCCUAUGCUUCCACUUAUAGGCCACUCCAGGGUCUACUGUUCCCUCAAAAAUCCAAAAUCAACCACAUACUCAAAAAAAGAUUAACUAAAGUAUUAGUAUCAUAAUCAGAACUAUCAGAAGAAACAGAUAGUGAUAAUUCAAUAGACGAAAAAGGAAAUUCAAGCGAUUCUUAAUCAGAAUCACAAGAAUUAUCUGACAACCUAUGCAAUUGUAAAAUAAUAAAUGUGAUAGCUAAAGAUAGUAUGAGCAGUUCUUAUUAGAUAUAAUAGAUUAAAUUGAUAUUCCACAAAUUAAAAUAGAAUAUUUAAUAAAACUAAAAGAAAUAAAAUGGAAAGAAAAUUAAUUAUCUACGCCACAACAUUUUAGUCUAAAUAAAAUAUAUUAAAAAUAUCCAACUCAAAUUUUAUUUAAACAAGUAACUACGUGAUAAGUUAAACAGUGAAAUACACAUAUUAAAGAAUUACAAUUAACAGUAAAUCAGCAAGAAUCAAAACAUUUACAAAUAUAUUCUCGAUGUUAAUCAAAGAAAAUAAUAAUUCUCAAGGAAUAAUCAAAAUUUAGAAAAUAACAAUGAAAAUAAAUUUAAAAUAAUGAAGACUACAUCAAAAUAAUUAAUGAAAUUAAUCACCAUAAAUGGUAAACAAAUAUUACUUUACAUAUAGGACAUGAUUUUAAAUAUUACCAUGGAUAAUCUGGGUGAGCUUCCGACGAAAUUUCUGGGCGAGCUUCCGACGGGAUUUCUAGACGAGCUUCCGGCUUCCAUAUUUCUAGUUAUUAGAAUAUUUUAGGAAAGUUUCUAAUUUAGAAAAUAAGUUAUAUUAGGGAAGUUUCUAUUUUAGGAAAGUUUCUAUUUUAGAAAAGUUUCCAUUUUUGAAAACUUUAUUUUCUGAGACUCUGAGCCUAAGUCGUUGACUCUGGUGUUCCAGUUGACCAUCUCCCGUCGAUCAUUUCAGCCAGUUGCUAAGAUGAGGGCUAUUUCGUCUAAUCUCGAGCUAGUUUAGUACUACUAUUAUGGAAAGUCUAGUUUCGAAACAUGAUCCGUCUCUGAAAAUCGAGUCUGUUUGAGAGUCUUGUUUGUUUAUUAUUAUUAUUGAUUGUUAAACCGAAAAUAGGAUAAUAGAGGAUUCAACAUUUGAAUGAAUUGAGUGAUGUUAAAACUGCUAUAUAUAUAUAUAUAUAUAUAUAAGUCCGUGUGUGUGGAUUGCGGGUGCACAAAGACGUUUGUGUAAGCCGCCGACGAGCAGUGUAAUUGUGGGUGCACAAAGACGUUUGUGUAAGCCGCCGACAAGCAGUGUGAUUGCGGUGCACAAAGAUGUUUGUGUAAGCCUUAGAUGAGCAGUGAGAUUGCGGGGGUACAAAGACGUUUGUAUCAGUCGCCGAUGCGCAAAUUGUGGUAGUGCAGAGAUGAACUACUGUACGCCUGGUGAUAAUAUAUAUCUUUAUGAGGAAAUGCGGGGUGCAUAGAGUAGUUGGUACUAUCAGUGCAUUGUUUGUAUUGUGCUUUAGGCAUAUGUUUGUUUUGUGAGGUGUACUAGGCACCGUGGUUGUUUCAUGCUAGAGUUAGACCUACAUAGUCGUAGUGCUACAUACUGAGUCAGUGGUUUGCGGUUUAGCGUCUCAUACCUCACUGACUGACUCCCCUGUUGCCCACCCCUCCACUACAAGAAAACACGCCGAAUUCCGACGGAGAUUUCGACGGACUACAACGUCGUCAGACGGUUUUGACGGAUUUCCGACCGCUUUCGGACGAAAACAAAAAAACUGAAGUCGUCGGAAAUUCGUCGGAAUUUUCCGAUGACUUUUCGACGACAUUCCGAUAAAACAUAUAACCGUUGUAGUCGUCGGAAAUUCGUCGGAAUAUACCGACGAAAUUCUAACGACAUUCCGAUUAACAGAUAUAAACGUUACGGUCGUCGGUAUUCCGUCGGCAUUUUUUGAUGAAUUUCCGACGAACCACGUGACCGUUGCCGACAAAUAUAUAUGACUGUUUUAUAGCCGUUUGAGAUUGGAAAAUACCGACGGAAUUCUGACGGACUGCUUUAUAUCUGUCGGAAUUCCGUCGGAAAGUCGUCAGAUGGCCGUAAGCAAUUUCCCAUAAAUGCAACCCCUCCUCAUUCAACUCAUUCACACUUCAUUCACACUUCAUUCUCUCUAGUCAUAACAAUUCCGUGAAAAUCAUGUCUUCAGGAGCUUAUUAUCGUUCGUGGAUGGAUAAACCUCAUUUGGAUAGUGAUAGAUGUAUGUAUUGACAACUGCAUGAUCUACUGGAGAGCGGAUGAGACACGGAAUGUAUGCAAAUUUUGUGGGAAACCUCGUUAUCAGGAGACGAGGGGAAGAGUUCCGAUCCCGUUCAAAAGAAUGUGGUAUUUUCCUUUGACGGAAAGAUUGAAGAGGUUGUAUCAGUGUGAGCGCACAGCAAAAGCAAUGAGAUGGCAUGCAGAGCAUUCCAUAAAUGGUGAGAUUUUACAUCUUUCAGAUGCGAAGGCUUGGAAACAUUUCCAGUUAACAUAUCCAGAAUUUGCUGAAGAGAGAAGAAAUGUUUAUCUUGGAUUAUCUACUGAUGGUUUCAGCCCGUUUGGAAAGCAUGGAAGGCAGUAUUCUCUAUGGCCAGUUAUUGUGACACCGUACAACUUACCGCCGAGCUUGUGCAUGCGACGAGAGUUUUUGUUUCUCUCAAUUCUCGUCCCCGGGCCAGAUCAUCCUAAAAGAUCACUAGAUGUGUUUCUUCAACCACUGAUAUAUGAGUUGCAACAACUAUGGGCACAUGGUUUUGAGACAUACGAUGUUUCGUGCAAAGAAAACUUUCAGAUGCGGGCAGUACUUAUGUGGACAAAAAGUGACUUUCCAGCAUAUGGUAUGUUAUCUGGAUAAACAACACAUGGGAGGCUAUCAUGUCCAUAUUGUCAAGAUGACACAUAUGUUUUCCAACUAAAGAACGAAAGGAAAACGUGUUGGUUUGACUGUCACAGACGAUUUCUACCACCCGAUCAUCCAUACCGCAGGAGUAAGACUUCGUUUACGAAGAACAAGCAGGUGUUUGAUGGUCCACCUGAGGAAGUUAGUGGGGAAGAUUUGUUGAAGCAGUUUAGAGAUUUUGAUGCAGAAAGGACGCCAGAUGUAGGUGGACAUGAAAACAUUCGAGUAAGUGCGAUUGGAGAUCUACAUAACUGGCACAAAAAGAGUAUUUUCUGGGAUCUGCCAUAUUGGGAGAGUCAUCUAUUGCGGCAUAAUUUAGAUGUCAUGCAUAUUGAGAAGAACUUCUUCGACAAUCUAAUGAACACAGUCCUUAACAUCCAAGGUAAAACGAAGGAUAAUUUGAAGUCAAGGUUGGAUUUAGUCGAUAUCUGUGAUCGUUCUGAACUUCACGUUGAUGAGAACGGUACGGCCCAUUUUCCCAUUUAUCGGCUGGAUGGUGCUAGAAAAGAAGAGUUCUUUGAUUGGAUUACAGAUAAAGUGAAAUUUCCUGACGGAUAUGCUUCAAAUUUGGGGAACUGCGUUGAUAGAAGCGAAGGAAAGUUUACUGGCUUGAAGAGUCAUGAUUGUCAUGUAAUUAUGCAGCGCCUCCUUCCGUUUGCUUUUUCAGCAUUAUUGCCACGUAAUGUUCAUGAAGCAAUUGCAGGGAUAAGUGUUUUCUUCCGCGACUUAUGCAGCAGAGUAGUGACUGAAGAGGGUAUUAAUAAUUUGAAGACAAACGCACCAGUCAGCAUGUGCAACUUCGAGAAGAUAUUUCCUCCAUCAUUCUUUGAUGUAAUGGAACAUCUUGUUAUUCAUCUCGCAAGAGAAUUGGAACUUGGUGGUCCUGUGCAAUACAGAUGGAUGUAUAUUUUUGAGCGUUAUAUGCAUCAUCUGAAGAAGAUGGUCAAAAAUCAAAGCAGAGUGGAAGGAUCUAUAGUGGCACAGGUGAUCAAUGAAGAAACUGCAAUCUUUGCUGAAAAUUAUUUUCUACCAGAAGUGCAUACAAAACACCGAAGACCUGCUCGGCAUGAUGACAGAGGGGAGAGAGCAACAUAUCAUGUUACUGUCCCAAGCAUGUUCAAGGAAAUAGGACGACUUAGUGGAAACUUCACAAAGCGCAGACUUACGGACACUGAGCACGCUCAUUUGCAAACAUAUUUGCUCACCAACUAUGAAGAUGUUCUACAAUAUGAGAGGUAAAAAUAUUUAUUCAUUUACAUUGUUAGAUUAAUAUUCAACAAAUUUAUUUCAUAUUGAUAAUAUUUUUGUAUAUAGAGUAUAUAUGGCGGAGUUGCGUAUUACUCACAGGCAUGCAACAGAAGAUGAGCUUCAACAACUUAGAGAUAACGGAUUUGCUGCGUGGCUUCGUAGUUAUCUGAGUCAUAUAUCAUAUUACCCUAUGCAAAUGAGUAGUUUAAAUUUAAUAUAAACUAAUUAACUUUUCACUCAUAUAUAUUUUUAAUUUAUAGGUGAAUGAUGGUUUGGCCAGAGCUUUUGUGUUCGAUGAUUGGAUACACGAAUUUGUGCAGGGACCAAACUAUGUGGUCAAAUCAUAUCCAAAAUUUUGUACGCGAGGAUAUGCAUUCACAAGGAAAGGUCAUUCUAAGACAACAUAUGAUGCUGGUGUUUCAUCUUCUUCCGGUGACGAUGUCUACUACGGCAACUUAAAAGAAAUAUUGGAAAUCCAAUUUCCUCGAAUAGUUGGAUUGUGUUGUGUAGUAUUCUAUUGUGAUUGGUAUGACACCACCCAGAUAGAGGAGUGAAUAUUGAUGCGUUUGGUGUUACAUCAGUUCAUUCGCGGCGGAAACUUCAAUAUUGUGAUCCCUUCAUUCUUGGUUUGCAAGCUGAUCAGGUAUGUCAAUCUAUUCAUAAUUUUUUACCAAUAUAAUUAAUUAAUGUUAUAUAUUUUACUAAUAUUUGUAUAAUUGAUAUGUAUAGGUGUGCUACAUCAGUUACCCUCGGGUGACGUACAGAGACGAUCCAUGGGUCACUGUAACGCAAAUCAACCCAAGAGGACGAGUGGAUGGAACUUCUGAUGAUGAUGAACCAUUGCAACCAGAGUCCACCAGCAACGCCCAGGCAGUUGAAGAUUUGGCAAAUGUUGAACUCGUUGAGGAUUUGACUGAGUUUGGACUUGAUGUUGUUGUACAUUCGGAGCCAGAAGCUGAGGUUGGGGAGUUUGAUGAAGAUUCAGAUAAUUCUGAUUAGUUUUUUUUUUUUUAUUGGUCCGUCGGAAAUCCCUCGCAAAAUACCGACGACAUAGCGACGACAAAGAGUUUCAUUAAAGUUUGGAAAUGUCCUCGGUAAUUCGUCGGAAUAUACCGGCGACAUUCCGACGAACAAGACAAGUUCGUCGGAAUGUCGUCGGUAUAUUCCGACGAAUUACCGAGGACAUGUGUUUCUAAAAAAUUUCAGACAUAAAAAUCUAUAAAUUUAUAUGCCAAAACUAUGAAAAUAACACAUAAUAAGUGUUUAGUAUAGUAUUAGAUCGCAACCGUUCAAAUAUAACAACUCAUUAAAAUAUUUAUGUAUGCAUAUCAUUGUUUUCAUAACAUCUCAUCUUAACACUCAUAUACUUAUACAAUCAUAUUCAUCUAAUCUUACACUACAAAAAAUGUUGUUGUGUAAAAUCGUGUUAUAAAAACAUUUUUAUUGUUAAAUCUUUAUGCAAAUACUAUAUAUAUUAUCAAAGAUUUGGAUUUUGCAUUUAGAAACUUGUAACCAACCCUUAAACACUAAGUCGUCGGAAUUCCGUCGAAAAUGGUCGUCACUAUUUCGUUAUAAGUUUCCAGUAAUAAACUAUGUAUAAUAAAAGAUUUAAUUGUUUUUUAAACGUUUAUAAGACCUUUUGUAAAUAUAUAAAUGAAAACAUUAAAAAUAGAAAUGAUUUGAAAAGAUUUUUGAUGUAUUAAUUUUUAUUUUAGGUCCGAGGAUGUACCCCGCCCCGCAGCCCGUCUUCGACGUAGCUCGGUGAGCAGUUCCUGUGCAUCGGGAUCGUCUCACGAACAAAACUCGGUUCCCGCAUAUAUUCCUGCUCCAGCUCCCGCUGCCCCUCCCGCUGCUGCUCAACAGGAUCCGGGGGUCAUGCCAGUUGAUCUAUUGGUUCAACAACCAGGUCGAGAGCAUCUCCCGGUUCUCCAUCCCAACCCACGACGAGGACAUAGCACUUGGUUAGUGUAUUUUUUUUUGUAGCAUUAUGUUUUUUUUCCAUUAAUUAACUUGUUAACUAACUUGUAUUUUUUUUAAAGGUUCACCAAGUCGAGAAAUGGCAUUAGCAGGAGCAUCAACUAGAUGAUGUACUCCAUGCUUCGUUUUGGAUAUCCAAAGUGGAGUGUGAUCCCUUCCGAAGAACGAGAGUUGUGGUUUCGACAGUUUGCGGUAAACUCUUCAUUUUUUUUAAGUAUUUACAUUUUUCUAAUAUAUUUACUUAUUAUAUUAUGUUUGUUUUGUAGCAAGAGUUCAACUAGCACUCCGAUCUCACGGAAACAGUCCGUAAGAAAUUCAACGAAAAGGACAUGGACUCUUAUACGAAGCAGAUAAACGCGUUGAAGACAGUUUGGCAGAAGAACAAGAGGCCACGGUUCAUCAACGGGACGGUGUGGGAGCAGUUGAUAGUUCAUUGGGAGAAGGAACAAAAUGCAGAGACGUCUUCUAGG